AAUGGAUAAAGCAGCACAAGCAGCCAAGCGGAGACAAGAUAAGAGCCACAAGCGUGUGCCGCCACCGAAACCGAACAAACAGACGGGCAAAACAGCUGCCGCGAAACCGGAACCACCUGCAGUACAGCACACGGCCCCGCUCGUAGUCGUCGAGGCUCGCUAUUCGAAGCGAGAGAUCAAACAAAACUGGACCGAAGAUCGGGAGCUUACGGCGGCUGAAGGCAGCUCUUCUGAGGACGAACAGCUGAACGCGGCCGAUUUUGAGAAGCUGCUCGAACUGCCACCAUCUUCCGGCGGUCACUUUCUGCUAAGCUCCGAAAAGCACUGGCUGAAUCCGGACACGGGAUUACCCGGCGAUGACGAAAGGAACGGUUACGGCGAAUAUUUCCGCAUCGACACCAAGCAGCUGAACGCAAGUCUUGGCUGCAUCCCGUUCUAUCAACGGCAAGGCUACGAUGAGAAGCUCUUUACUGCCUCGGAGUUAAAUCUGAUGCGGCAGAAGGCGGAACUGCAGAAGGAGAAGUGGGGCAAAGGCAAAGAAAAUAUGAUCCCGACAACUCCAGCUGCAACAAAACCACGGCCUGCUCCUUGCUUGGUUGGUCCGUUUGCGUUACCGAAGGAUGAAACACCCGCGAAACCAAUACGUCCAACAGCUUGCUUGGUUGGUGCGGCCGCACUGCCCAGGGAUGAGUGUAAGGCAAAGGAAAAAUCUGUCGUUGAUGUAGAACCAAGGAAAGAGGAGCCCAAGAAGCUUCCCGUGUUGGAGAGGAAGUUAGAGGAACUUAAAAUUGAACCUAAACCAGUCGCUAAAGUGAUACCUUCACCAACCACUCUUAGCCAGCAAACGUCUACGAGCAAACCCGGCGGAAACGAUUCGAAAGAAGAUAUCCAACAGUGGUUAGAUGAUAUACUUGAUAUUUAAUUAAUAAACGAGAUGGCUGGAACUCAAU